AUUUUUUUACUCUAUAAUGUUGACAAGAGCCAAGACGACUGACGAUUUGUCGUGAAAUUAUUUUGCGAAAGCUUUCUUCAAUAAAAAUUACAUAAAAUAACAAAAAUAUGAUAAAUGCCGAAUACAAAUAAUGCUGAAGUUGUGAACUUUUUCAUUCGCAAAGAUUAAAUCGUACUAAAAUGGCUACAGUAAAGAAUAAUGGGCCAAUAAUAGACCCAGCGUUAUGUCGCUGUUGUAGGGCUAUAAAAAAAUGUCGUAUUCUCACGGCCGAAUAUACUUGGAUGGAGCAGAAGGAAGUGUAUGCCGACAUGAUCAUGGACUGCUUUGGAAUCUUGCUAUCACACGUAGAUGACAAUGAGAAGGACAGUGGUGUGUGUGCGACGUGUGUGGUGCGUCUCCGAGAUGCUUGUGCCUUCAGGCAGCAGGUGCUGCAGUGCGAGGAGCUGUUCCUCAGCGCUAAACUUGAGGAUAAGGAGGAGAAGGAUGCUUUGGAAGAACCAAAGACAGACAAGCCGCAAAUGGACAUAGAACUCAAGAUCGAACCGAAGGAUGACGUCAGCGAGCACUCCGGAGGGCUGGACCACGAGGACAACAUGUCCAUUGGAUACCCUGAGGAGUUGGAAGAACCGAAACCGCCCAAAAAAGAAGAGUCAUUGGACAAACCAGAAUUACCUGACGAAGAUUUGAAGUUAGGAGAAGAUGAUGAUGAUGUUGACGACAGCGACUGGUCAGGGUCCUCGUCGGACUCCGACAAACCUAUCAAGAAGAAAGCCAAGAAGAAAGGCAAGAGUAAUGGGGCGCAGAAGAAGAAGAAAGGUGCUGUUAAGAAGAGUAAGGCUGGUACAUCGAAGAAAUCACCGAAAGCAAUAAAGAAACCGCCCGUCGAAAAGAAGAACAAUUACGACCGAGAUCUAGAUUGUAUGUCCGAAGAAAACUUGCUUACCAUCAUACAAUACUCAUACGUCUGCCCCUUCAAGAAUAGAAGGAACAACUACUACUGCUUUUACUGCAAAGACUACUACCCGAAACCAGAAGAUUUGAGGGAACAUACAGUGUCACAUGACACUAAGCCGUUCCAACUCCUCAUGGGAUACAAGAAAAUGAUCAAAAUUGACAUCACGAGGAUAGACUGCCGCCUAUGUCCAACAAAAAUAGAUGAUCUAAACGUCUUUAAACAACAUGUAGACCAAGUUCAUGGAAAGAAGAUUUAUUUCGAAGCUCCAGACAAAAUGCUUCUAUACAAGUUGACGUGGAACGAUCUAGUGUGUGUGAUGUGCAACGAUGUGUUCGAAGACUUUAAUACUUUAAACACUCAUAUGGUGGAACAUUUUAGCAAUUAUACAUGUGAUAUAUGUGGUGUGUGCUUUUUAGAGAAACCGAGGCUCGAUGCCCAUUUGAAAAGGCAUAAAGAUGAUGAGAGACAUACGUGUGAAGUUUGCGGUAAAGUGUUCAAAUCAAACCAUUAUAAAGACAUGCAUGUUGACAUUGUACAUAAGAAGAAAGCAAUAAUCCGUUGUCCGAGAUGCGAUGAAUGUUUCAUGUCAUACGCUUUAAAGAAUAAACAUUUGACAGAAGCCCACGGACAAAAGAGGACGUACCCAUGCAACCUUUGUGAUAAAGUCUAUAAUAGACAAAAGACUUUAACGGAGCAUCAAAGGAGGAAUCACCAAAAAGUUUUGAAGCAUCAGUGUGAAUAUUGUGAUCAGAGGUUUUAUCUGCCAUCGCGGUUGAAAGAGCACAUGGCAACUCAUACAGGUGAGAGGAAUUUCCGUUGUGAGUAUUGUGAAAAGAGUUAUCCUAGGUUGAAAUCUUUGCAGUAUCAUAUUAGGACUCAUACGAAUGAUAGGCGGUACAGAUGUCAUAUAUGCGGGCAGGCGUUCAUACAGAAUGCUAGCUUAAAGUCUCAUAUAAAGAGUCAUCAUCCCGAAUGUGAUAUUGAAGGAUGCUACUUCUAAUUUUUGUAUUAGAUUCUGUGAUUUGGUGGUGUUCAGAUAUUUUGGUAAUAUGUGUUUCAAAUGUAUGCACUUCAAGGCCUGGUUGCUUUAUUUUCGACUUUAUUUACUGUACACUAAGUACGAGUUUGCUUUACGCUUAAAUCGAAUCGAAACAAGAGCACGUUCGGCGCUGUGAUUGGCCGGCUCGUAUAAAUUAACCAAUCAGUACCUUUGGUACCAGUUUAUUUUAAGUUUAAAGUAGUCGAAACGAGAGCGCGUUUGCUCUUAUUGGUUAGUCUAUUCAAGCCGGCCAAUCAGAGCGCCGAACGCGCUGUCGUUUCGAUUACUUUAAACGUAAAGCAAACUCGUACUAAGGGUACUGAACAAUGGAGCAAUGUAUUAAAUUGUUUAGUAACCAAAAUUGUGUCACACAAAAGUAGUUUCUAUACAUCGGUAAUUAGAUCUAUAAUUGACUGGGUGAGAGAAGACACUGGUGUCCACUCAGGGAUUUAGAUUCCAAGGAAGAUUAAUUCAAUUCGAUAUUGAAAUUGCGGUAUAGAAAGGAUUUUAGUUUGUCUUGAAUAGAAACUCAUACAACUGCGUCCACUGAUCCGCUGCGUACGGACCGCAUCAUCAGCAAUGCCUACAUGCGAUGCGUACUGAUGACGUCAUACAAAAUGUGUACGAUGCGUACGAUGCGGGUCUGUGGAAGCUUACUUUUAAACCACCACGAUUCAAUACAUCACCUGUACCCACCAAAUCACAAAUAAAAAAAAAACAAAAUAAUGAGAUUAAUUUCACGCAAAUAGUCUGAACGUAUUUUUUUAAUUAGAAAUUAAUUAAAUAAUAAUAAUAACAGCAAUACAUCACUCUUUUAUAUAGUAUUAAUGUUAAUUUAAUUUAAUACAUAGCUAUUUUAAUUAUUUAUGUAUAUAAGUAUAUUUAUGUGUAAGACAGUACAUAGUUGUAGUGUUCAGUAUAAUAAUUAUGUGUUAUAUAUAUUUAUAACUUUUGUUAUGAAUAUACAAAUUAAAUGCUUUUAUGGAUUAGAUAGCGAAUGGAGCGCGU